GUAAAAGGGACUUGGAUCCUCGAACUAGCUGCUUUGACUUGCACCAGCAACGGACUUGAUUGAAUGUACCGUGUACCGACUGCUUCGCCUUUUGAUCUUGGGAACCGGUCUAAUGCUUCGCCUUUCUACUUUGACCAAGCCACGAAUCUGCAGGGGAGCAAGGGCAUAACCCCUUACAUACUUCUAUAAACCUACUCUUUUUGGGAUCCGAACAGUCGAAUACAGAGGAGUGGAUCAGGUCCUCUUUUGGUUGGUCGAAAAGUACACUCAUAUUCUUUAUCAGGGGCCGUGGAAGAGAAGUGGGGAAUUCCGCUGCUAUUUUGAAAGCUGUGAUUUCUGUUGUUUAAUAAGUUCAUUUUACUGUU